AGUUUGGGUCGGAUUAGAUUUAGGUUCCCUCUCAGUUAACUUCUUUAGAAAUUGACAAUUUUGUUACACGACCCAUGAUCGCUUAAUAAACGGGCCAUUGUAGGCGGUCUAGAACAAAGUCAAGGACGAACUAAAACUUAAAAUAGUCAAAUGGAGCAUAGAAGGGUGGAGAAAACUAUACAAGUGAUCCGCUUCAACCAAUUCGCCUGUAAUUCCUUCACUUGGUUAAUUUUGCAACAUAUCCAAAUUUCAUGCCUUUCUGAAUAAUUUCUACUGCUAAAUCUUGCCCUCAAUUCCCUUCUCUUUUAAAUUAGGCUCAAAAAAACAUGGGAUCAACUUCAAAUGAUAAAAAAGCUUCUAUGAUGAAAAACAAUGCAAGAGACAGAUUAAGUGAAUUACCUGAUGAUAUAUUGGUGCACAUUCUUUCAUUUCUGCCAAUUUUAGAUGCUGUUAGAACCGUAUUGAUCCGAAGAUUUGGUAAUCUUUGGACUUUGGUAUCCUCCCUUAAUUUUAGAGACUCUGAAUUUUUAAAACCCGAAAAUUGGCCUAAUGGUGCAAUAGAGUCUGAUGAGCAAGGUCUUCGCUUUGGUAGAUUUGUGCGCAAUGUGCUAAAGCUUCACAAAAGGUUCCCUGUUAAUAAAUUCCUGCUUCAUUUCUACGAUAUAGAUGUGGGUGAUGAUGAUAAGGAAAUCAAAUCAUGGGUAAGUUUUGCAAUCAAAAGACAAGUCAAGGAAUUGAAUAUUCAAUUUGAUUAUGAUUCUAAUGAUUACAUUUUGCCUCGCUGUGUCUUCAAAAGUCCUUUUCUUGUUAAGCUGAAACUUGUUCGCUGUGACAUUGAAGGGCUAAGUAGAGUCCAAAUGGGAUCACUAAGAAAAUUAUCACUUAACUAUGUUAAGGUGAGUAAUGAAAUGUUCAAGAAAGUCAUAUUCGGAUGCCCUUGUUUACAAGAGUUGGUUCUGAUGUAUGUAGAUGAAUUGGAGGAGCUACAAUUUACUGCUCCGAACAUUAAAAAGUUAGAUCUUGGUUCCUGUGAUGUAAGAGUGCUUGAUUGUCCCAACUUGAAAAUUCUGAAUAUUUAUCUCAGCUUUAGCACAGAGCCAAGUCUUCAAGAAGUUAACAUUUCAUCUGUUCGCGAGGUUCAUAUCCAAUCUUGUUGGCACUUUGAUAAGAUUGUAGACAAGAUUUGUAAAGCUGAGGUGGUUAAAGUUUCUGCUGGAGCUUUUUCGCAAUCAAAUUUCAAGGAGUUAGAUAUGCCACAAACUAGAUGGAAGCGUUUACAUUUCAAGUUACGGCUUAAUGAAGAUCAGCUCAUAGGUAUUUGUAGAGUCUUGAGAAGUUCACCUCACUUAGAAGAACUAAUAGUAUGCUCAUAUUCAUGGCAGAACUUGUGUCGAGAUUUGGGUGAGGCACGUGACCACCACAUGCUCUCCGAAGAGCUCUCUUCCCCUUGUGUGUUGCCACAACUCAAAACUAUCAGUGUCACCAUUUGUGGGCUCAAGGUACCGUGUCAGGGUCUGCUUCGACUAGCAGAAUUUUUGCUUAAAAGUUGUGUCAACUUGGAAAGGAUGGUAAUAUCACCCAGUACAUAUGAAUUGGUCGCAGUUGAGGAGCUUAAGUUUGUGAAACAAUUAUUAAGCUUUCCAAGGGGCCUCAGCCAAUGCUAGGGUAAUCUGUCGGUCAGAAUACUCAGAAUUAUACUAGUAACAGCUGUACCUUUGCACCUCAGUCUUUAUUUUGGCAUUCAUAUCAAAGAUGGAGGCUGGGACAAUGCGGCUGUACGGAAGUGCUUUGUGUGGCUAGAUAAUGGUGGUUGGAUUUGAGACAUCUGAUGAAUUAUGUGUAAGAUUGUAUUACACAUUAUAUAUAUGUAUAGCUGAUACAUACUUUCAAUGAGGUGAAUUACGAAGUCUUUUGAUAGAUCUCCUCUACUUUAUGCAUAAUC